AUGACGUUGUACGCCAAGGGGGCGUCCACAAUGAUGAAGUUAGCGAUCCGCAUCCUUCUGAGCGGUUCUUCCCCAAGCGAAAUGGCCAACUUCAUCUGGCAGACUGGUUGGACCUUGUUACCAGUGAAUCCGAACAAGGGCGUGGUCAUUGGUAGUAGCUCCGCCCUGUCGAUCUGGAGCUGCUUGCAUUUCCUGAUCAUCCCAUUAAGAAACACAAUAGUAACCAAUAGAAGGAUCCUUGCAGAAAUGAUUUCUGUGAACAUGGCUUCUAAUCCUUCAGGAGAAUCUUACAACCCAAAAAGACUAGGAAAAAACAAACAUCAAUGGUCUGCUAUAGAAGAUGUUGCACUUAUUGAAGCAUUGAUGCAAUUAAAUAAUGCUGGAGAUCUUAGAAACAAGAAUGAGAAAGGUUUUAGGCCAGGACAUGGAUUAAAGCUACAACAAAUGCUUGAGGUUAGCUUGCCUGAACAUGGAAUUAAGGCAAAACCACAUAUUGAAUCAAGGUUAAGAACUUUCCAGAAGCUACACAAUGUUGUGCAUGACAUGUUGUAUGGAGUUGGUAGCAGCGGUUUUGGUUGGGACUCAGAAAAAAAACUUGUUACGGCUGAGAAUUCCAUGUGGGAUGAAUAUAUUAAGACUCAUGGAGAUGCAGAACAAUUUAGAUACAAGUCAUUGACUUACUAUGAGGAACUUUCUGUCAUCUUUGGUGGAGACCGUGCAUCUGGGAAAGAUGCUCAAGUUCCUACUGAUAUUGUGGAAGAAAUAGACAAAGUUGCAGUUGAUAAUGAUGAAAGUAUAGGCAUUGAUGGGGAUUAUGCUUCAUAUGGCCAAGAUUUCAAUUUUGGAUCAAACGAAGAGAAUUCUAAGCCAAAAAGGAGAAAGACCGAGAGCACUAAAGAUUUGUCUCAAGUUAUUAGAGAGGCGACAGCUAUUCUUGGGGAAGAACUUAACAAUGCAAGUAACCGAUUAAGUAAAGCAUUGGAAUAUGAUGAAGUCACUGAAAAAAAAAUGAAAAUCAAUGAGGUUUUAAUAAAGUUACCUGGGCUUAGCAUGUUGGAGCGACACAAAGCGACAAGAAAAAUUGGUUGUGAUCGUGAGACUACAGAUAUUUUCUUUACCAUAUCAGAUGAUGAGAAAGAAGUUUUUGUGAAAGCAUUAUUGAAUGGAGAUAUUUGA